AUUACAGGCAAGACGAUUUGCGUGUUUCGGCAUUGAAAUUGCAGUUCUACAGAAUCGAAUUAUGUGCAAUUUAGUCACCCUAGUAACCCCCGCGCUAACCCCCACAUUGGGGUCUCGAUGUAUAGUUAUUUUAUGCACCUGGCAACCGUGAAACCGUGAAAGUUGCCGCAUAACUUUGCUGUUGUACGAGUAGUUGUUGCCAGGUUGAGCAUACUGUUUACGCUUAGAAAAUAGAGAAUAGAAAUUUUUCACCGCCCAACACAACGCAGCCAGCAGUCGGAUUAAGUUUUCCCUACAUAAUGCCAACAAAUCCGCGCCCCACUACUAAUGGCAAUACCACCGAGGAUUGGCAAGUGUUUGAGCUCCUAUGCGGAAACGGAAACGGAUCUGUCCCAGGGCAGAUGUCUACGAUGUCGCCACCUGCACACAGAACAUUACCUUCCUACCAGUUGGAUACAUCAUGCGGCAGUGCGGGAAUUACAGUCACAGAGCAUCAUCAUGGCUUGGAUAUGACCACCACCCUGCGGAGCGAGCUGGCAGCCCUUUCUUACAAGAAAGAGCGGCUUGCAGGAGAGCUUGCUGAAACCCGCAGUGCCUUGUGCUCCAAGGAGGUGGAUAUCGAGAACCUUCGUUCACAGGCUGCUCGACAGACAGCCCUCAUUGGAUCCCUCCAGAGUCGUCUGCAGAAUGCCGAAUCCAGAGAGCAGGCGGUCCAGGCGCGCUGCGAUUCCACCAUAAACACAGUGCAAAGGGAGAAACGCAGCUCGGAUGAGCGCAACAAGGAGCUGAUCUGCAAGAUCCAGCACCUGGAGACGCAUGUGGCCAACGAGGAGUCGCAGAAGGAGCAGGCCAAAGCCCAGCUCCACGAUCUGCUGCGUCGCCUGAGCAUCAGCCUGGGGAUGGAUGUGUGCGAGAGCAAUCAGAAUGCCCAUGCCACACCCGAGUGUGUCGUCUCCCGGGCCGAGGAGGUGAUGGUCGAGCUGCAGCGGGCCAAGGCGAAGAUCAGCUCCACCUGUGACACGCUCAGCUCCUGCGAGAAUGAGCUGCUGAAUCUCAAAUCCCUGGCCAACAUCGAGAAGCAGCGACUGUCCGCCCAGCUGGAUGGGGCUGGGAAUCACAAUCACGAGCUGGAGGGCCGCUGCCGGCAGUACGAAAGGGAUCUGCAGAUCCAGAGGGAUCGCUUAACGGAGUCGGAGAUCAAUGGGGAGAAGCUCAAGGAGGAGCUGCGUGGCUUCGAGUCGCGCUGUCAUCGUUUGCAGAACAAUCUGGACAGGAUUCAGGGAGAUCGCCUGCAGUUCUUGCGGGGCUUGAGCAAUCUGCUGAAUGUCCCCGAACCCUGCGAGACUUUGAUCAAGGAGAAGCUAAGGGAGACUCUAAGCGAGAACCAGGCCAUGCAUGCGCAAAUGCAUUCGCUUAGGGAUCAGCUGACCAGCGAACACGAGAAGCUCAAGGAGACCCAACAGUCCACAGAGUGUCGCCUCAGAUCGGGCGAGGCCCAGAAAUGUGAGCUGUCUGAGCGUCUCGAAAAGUGUCAUGCAGAGAUUCAUACUCUCCGGAAGGACCACAUGGGCCUGUCGGAGUUCCUGCAGCGCCUGGCCAGCGCCAUGAACUGGAGCGAGUGCUCGGCACCUCCUGCCUUGGGGGCAGACACCAAUCUGAUGGCCGACAAUCUCCUGGAGAGAGCUGAGCGCCUGACAGCGCAUUGUGAGCACGAGGUAUCCCACCAUCAUGGACAUCAUCAUGGACAUUCGCCCGACAAGGGCUGCUGCGGCGGAGACCCACAUCAUGGGCAUGGCCAUGGAAAGCUGAGGCGCGAGCGAUCCUGCCAUGAUAUUCCUCUCAAGGAGAGCAGCAGUGUCUACAAUCUGCAGCGUCGUGUGCGCGUCCUUCGGGAGCAGGUGCAGCGCCGGGAUCUCCAUCUGGAGCUGCUGCGCCGCAAGCUGGCCAUCAUCGAGGAUGGGGCCAGGGGCAAGUGCAUGCUGCAGGGCGAGCGCGAUGAUGCCGUGUGCCGGGCCAAGAAGGCGGCCAAGCAAGUGGACAAAUUGAGUGCCCAAUUGGGUGAUGCCCGAUCCCAGAUAGCCGAGGUCAAGGCCCAGCUGGCGGAGGCAGUGGAGUACAAGAUCACAUCGCUGGAGCGGGCGCGAAAGAUCGAUGAGCUGUCGACACAGCUCUGCGAUUUGGAGGACGAGAAGACGAGGCUGCUAUCCCAGCUGAAUGCCAUGAAGGAGCGGAUGAAGGCCGCCUGCGAGUCCAACCAGAAUCGCAGAUGUCGCGAUGAGGCUCUGAUCAAUUCCAUGCGUGACGAUGUCAAUCGCUUGAGUUCCCAGCUCUCCGAUGCCAAUCAGCGGCUCUCGCAUCUGCAAUCCUUCCGCACAUCCGUGGCACGCACUCUCCACCUCAGGGAUCUGCCCGAGACAGAUCUGCUGCAUCGUCUGCAGGCCCUGUGCUCCGCCCACCAGGAGUUCACGCUGCUCUCGAAGCGCUAUGAGACUGCUUCCCCGGUGGGCGAACAUCCUUGUCCGCGCUACGAUGAUCCUGUGCCGCCCUCCAACCACUGUCGACCGCCUCGGGACCUCAGCUCUCCGCCGCCCUACCACCACAAGACCACACUCCAUCCCCAUCCCCAUGCUAGCGGGGAGCAUCAUCAUAGUUCGAGUAGUCAUGUCCACAAUCAUCAUGGAUCCCAUGGAUCUCAUGGACAUCGAAGACAGCGCAGCAAGAGCCGCGACAAACGUCUUCACGAUGAGUGCUUCGACACGGAUGUGCAUCGGAGGCAUCAUGGCUGCAAGGAUGAGCUGUUGGCCACGGGAUCCGGCGGCAGCUGCGAUGAUGAUUUCGACUUUAAGAGCAAAUACUGCUAGGAAUCCAACCAUUCAACCCACUCAACCGAUUAUACAGACGAGUUAUUCAAUGCAUUUAAUGAGCCCUUGGAGAGGGGGCUAUCUUUUCUUUAAUAAAUGGAAGAUUUUCUUGAA